GAAAUGUAUUAUCCUCUCUGCCUGUUAAAUUUUAUGUCAUUUGUGUCCUGGAACACACCAUCUCUCUAGCUUUCAGUUCUAAUUCUUACAGAGGGAGCGAUUAGUUUGUGAAUGAAUCUCCGUUAUGAACGACUCGUUCACUUAGCCGACAAUCAUACACGCUUCUAGCACUGCAGCAUCUUGUUGUCAUAUGUCUUUUUCAUUGUUUACUUAUUUUCUUCACAAAACUAACACAAGCCUAGUAUUUAGUGCAAGUUGGUGCUACUUGCCUUAAUGUGAAUGCAGUAACUGUAUUAUCAUCAAUAGCACAAAAGUUCAUAACUUACAAAAGCGUAAAAAAAUGAAAUCUCUUACCUAUGAAAUGCUCUGCCCUUGUGUUUGUUUUCUAUGUUUGCUUGUCACUACACUCGUACGCAGCACAAAAGUCCAGCAUCUUCACACCGGCACACUGUCUUGACCAUAGGUCUUGACUAGUGCGGUUGAAUGACAUUUUUCCUGGGGAGCACUGUACCAAUGUGGCGGCGCUAUUGACGCAUGCUCGGGGUCCGUGUGCGAUAUCUAGUGUCUAUAUCCAUGACUGACGGAACUUCACGCAAGACCCAGCCGUCCACUGUUGUCAAGGCAACGUUUAACAACAAGUCUGUGACGGUCCUGAGAAUUUCCGGUUUGUGGAGACGAUGCUAUUUUUGUAGAAUUGAAGAGACUGAAGAGUUCUGUUGAUUUCUCAGAAAUAAAAUGUCUGAUUUAGCAAAAGAGAAAGCACGUCUCCUGAAGAAGCGUGGAAGUUUGUGUUCUCUAGGCAGUCAUGAAGUUAGAGCUAUUGGGAAAACUAAAGACUCUAUUAGCACUGUGUCCUACAUGGAAGAGCAUGGACAUCAUGAUGAUAUCCCACGGCCUACAGUACAGAUGGAGAACACCUAUCGCCUCACCCCAUCUAGACGCUUCCCAGUCUUAACAGUGAAGGACCUCCUGAGGGAUGUGUUGACCAGCUACCUGCAGGAGGAGAAAUAUGAACCUGAGUUGUGCAGACAGAUGACCAAAACCAUCACGGAGGUUGUCAAGGCCAGAGUGAAAGAUUUGAUGAUUCCUCGCUAUAAGAUCAUAGUCGUCAUCAGCAUUGGUCAGAUUAGAGACCAGAACAUACGCAUGGGGAGUCGAUGUCUCUGGGAUGACACACAUGACAAUUCCUCUUCACAUAUUUUCAAAAAUAACACACUCUUUGCUGCUGCUACAGUUUUUGGUGUUUAUUUUGAAUGAGUCUUUCAGAAUGUUUGUGGGAUUUUAGUGACUAGUGAUUUUCAGUAAUUUUUUAGCCAAUGACAUCAAUACAUUACAUUGGUGAUCUCUGAUAAUUCUGAAGUUGGUUUAAUGGCCUUUAAUAUUUCCUUUUGAUGCUACAAA